AUGACGGGCAGGGCAAAGUGGGACGCGUGGACAAACACGGGCGGGGCAGUCACGAGCAAGGCAGAAGCAGAGGCGCGGUAUGUAGCAAUCGCGGAGAGUCUGGGCUGGAAGGGACCUUUUGGUGAAGACAACAACUGGGACAACGAAGACAGCGGAGGCGGGGGCAGCGGGAUGGGCACGGCGGUGAGCGCGAUGGCCCGCCCUGAGGCUGUGCAGGACAACAGUCUGCAUGGGCUGGCGGUGGCGAAUCGGGCGGACGAGCUUGCGCUGCUGGAUGGGUCAGGCGUCGACUGGGACGCGCGCGAUGAAUUCGGCUACACGGCGCUGCACCUCGCAGCGGACAGGGGCCACACGCUGGUGGUCCAGCUGCUGCUGCAGCGCGGCGCGGACCGCAACAUCCAGGACGAGGACGGGCUGACGGCGGCAGAGCUCGCGGAGGCGGCGGGGCACGACGGAAUUCGAGCUUUUCGCGGAUGUCCGCUAGUGUCUGCGGUGGCUGCAACUUUUGCUUCUGCGACUUUUGCUUCUGGCCCUCGCGGGUGGUACACCGACCCCGGCUUCAAAAUAUUUCCCUGUCUCAACUCCAACAAUCUGACCGCCGCCCCGCUCGGCACCGCACCGACAUGCAGCCAAUACCUUAUCCUAUCCACGCUCCACUGGACGGUCUUGUUUUUCUGGCCCAGCUCGACAUGCGGGUUGUACACGCCCAGCAGCUCCGCGGGCCGUGCGUCCCGCCGCCCCCCCGUCCACCGCGACCAGGUGGAACACCUUCGCGUGUGCCCGCCCGUGCAGCGCCAGCCGCAGCCGCAUUGGCAUUGUAGUGGUGGUGGUUAA